UUGUCUCCAAGCGUAAACUUUCGCCUACAUUAUGGAUGUGGAGUUUAAAGAUAGCUUCUAAAGUGACCAAUUUCAUGUGGAUUUUGCACGACGUAUUUUCAGAUUGACCAUACGACAAAACCGGUCGUUUAAAGUAUACUCAGCCAAGUUCCACAACCCGGCGGUGGUCUGUGAUUAUGGAGAACACCAAACUUCCUCCGACCAGUCCCACGUCGCCAACGACUGGCUUCUCUGUUCCGAAUGCCGAGAAAAUCGAUGGCUUUCCUCGGCGUUCCAUGCGCAGGGCCCGGCAGCGGCGUUCUCACAGCUCCUCCCAGUUCCGGUACCAGAGUUCACAGGUGGAACUAACGCCACUGCCCCUCCUCAAAGACGCCGCUGCAGGGGAGCUGCAUGAGCUGUUCGUCCAGAAGCUGCAGCAGUGCUGCGUCCUCUUCGACUUCCUGGACUGCGUGGCCGACCUCAAGGGCAAGGAGAUCAAACGUGCCGCGCUCAAUGAGCUGGUGGAAACUAUGGCAACCAGCAGGGGCAUCCUCAUCGAGCCUGUCUACCCAGAGGCCAUUAAGAUGAUCUCGGUGAACAUCUUCCGCACGCUGCCGCCCAGUGAGAACGCCGAGUACGACCCCGAGGAGGACGAGCCCACCCUGGAAGCCGCCUGGCCACACCUACAGCUGGUGUAUGAGUUUUUCCUGCGCUUCGUAGAGUGCCCUGACUUCCAACCCUCGGUGGCUAAGCGAUACCUGGACCAGAGGUUUGUCCUGCAGCUGUUAGAGUUGUUUGACACAGAAGACCCUCGGGAGAGAGAGUACCUGAAGACCAUCCUUCACCGCGUCUAUGGCAAAAUGUUGGGACUCCGGGCCUACAUACGCAAACAGAUCAACAACAUCUUUCUGAAGUUCAUCUAUGAAAGCGAGCACUUUAACGGAGUUGCAGAGCUGCUGGAGAUCUUGGGCAGCAUCAUCAAUGGUUUUGCCCUGCCCCUGAAGGCGGAGCAUAAGCAGUUUCUGGUGCGAGUGCUGAUUCCGCUGCAUAAGGCCCGCACUCUGUCCAUCUUCCACGCGCAGUUGGCGUACUGUGUGGUGCAGUUCAUGGAAAAAGAUGCCACUGUCACAGAAUACAUCAUCGAGGGUCUGCUGAGGUUCUGGCCAAAGACGUGCACACAGAAGGAGGUGAUGUUGCUGGGUGAGCUGGAGGAGAUCCUGGACGUCAUGGAGCCCACUCAGUUCCAGCGUGUGCAGGAGAAACUCUUCAAGCAGAUCGCCCUCAGCAUCUCCAGUCCACACUUCCAGGUGGCAGAGAGGGCUCUGUAUUUCUGGAACAACGAGUACAUUCUGAGUCUGAUCGAGGAGAACUGCCAGGUCAUCCUACCUCUGGUCUUCGCCACUCUGUACAGGGUCUCCAAAGAGCACUGGAACCAGAUGAUCGUGUCCCUGAUAUAUAACGUUCUGAAGACUUUCAUGGAAAUGAACAGCACCCUGUUUGAUGACCUCACAUCCUCCUACAAACUAGAGAAACAGAAGGAGCAGCGGCGUGAGCGAGAGCGUCAGGAGCUCUGGCGGCGUCUGGAGCAGGAGAGCGACCGCAGGCUGCAGCUGAUGCAGGAGGCCAGCCUCAACCGCAAGAACCUGCAGGAGCACCACACACACGCACACUCACACACACUCACACACACUCCGCAUGAUCCCAGCACCACCAACGCGUCCUAGAGCACCUACGCCAGGCCAAACCCUGAGCCAUGCCGAAUCUGACCCAAAUCUGACCCUGGGGGGGGGGGGGCACCAGGCCAAACCCUGAGCCAUGCGGAAUCUGACCCAAAUCUGACCCUGAUGUGGGGGUGGGGGUGGUGGGGGGUAAAAAACAAACAAAAAAGCGAAAAAUAAACACUCAGUGACACUCACAUGAUCACAAAGCUCUGAUGCAAACAUGCACACUUAAACACACACACUCGUGAAACACUCCAACUUGAACUGGCUCUGAUGCAAACAUACACACUUCAACACACACUUCAACACACACACACACACACACACACACACUCAUGAAACACUCCAACUUGAACUGGCUCUGAUGCAAACAUGCACACUUGAACUGGCUCUGAUGCAAACAUACACACUUCAACACACACACACACUCAUGAAACACACCAACCUGAGCUGGCUCUACAUGUAUUUGACUACUCCACUGAGCCGGUGAGAGAUGUCUGGCGACUACACAGGGGAAUAGGACAGUAACCAUGGUGAUGACGGUAACGAUAGUAAUCCUGAUGUAUAUGAAAACAUUAAUGGUGCAUUAACGAAACCUUCCCUGUAAUUUAAUAUUUUGUCAUUGAUAUUAUUAUUGGUUCAAAUGGUGAUUUCAUAUAGAAAUGUAAGUAAGAAUAUAUCACCGACAGAUAUGCUGAAAUGAGAUGGGGUGGGGGGAUUUUAGCAAUACGGGUCAUGACUUCAUUUGUAUGUGCAGUGGAUGUAACUUUCAAACUGACUUCUGAAGUAAAGGACUUCUCUCUGCA